GUCCAGUUUGACGCAGCUCACCAGCAGCUGCGUGGUUGCUAGACGACUCGAUCUGCAACACCGAUGUGGAAACAGCGAAACCCCCCGCUGCAAGGAGCAGAAAACAACAUGUUAACGGCUUUCAGGAAGACACGGAAGUCCAUCGGCGCGUGAGCCGGGGCUCGUCGCGAGGAGGGUCCGCAGUGUUCAUGUGGACGAACACUCGAGUUGUAGUUUAGCUAACUAACAUCUCUUUUGUUGUCCCCUGUUGUUGUUGUUGUUGAUAUUUUUUAUUUUUUUACUCCUCACGUUAGCGAGAAGUGCGCUUCUUCUUCUUCUUCUUCUUCUUUUAUAAUAUUUAUUUAUGUUUUGAACCAUGAGAGCAUUAACGUGCACGCGGAGAAAGUCCAGUUGUCCCAACUCGAGGUGACGUUCGCUAUGUUCAGCGUAAAGAUGUCUCUGGAGGCGAGUGACGUUCAGACGGAUGAAGACUUCGAGGAGCUGGGUGAGGAAAGCUUCUCUUUCUCUGCCGAUAUUUUGGAAAAGAUCAAAGGAAGGAAGAGGUCCUCCGGCAAGCCUCCUCCGUCUCCAAGGUCUCCGUACUUCUCCAGCAUGAACGUGAACCCCAGGAGAGCAGCAGUGGCGGCCUGGAGGCUGCCGAGGGCCUCCCUUGGGGACACCAGAGGGGACGCUCUUGGGGAGAGUGGCUCAGCUCGCCUCACAUCGCUCAGCAACGGCCAUGACGUGUCCCAGACCCUGAGGUCAGAGUACGAUGUCACGCCGGAGCUUCUCAAACAGACCUUGAGCACCAGGAAACACAAACAUCUCCACUCUGGAUCCAAUGGCUUCACCGGCAGCACAGGCGAUCCCAGAGAGAAGGAGGACAUGUACGAUGAGAUUAUUCGACUCAAGAAGAGUCUCCAGGCCCAGAAGUCUGACAACCAGCAAAUGAAAGCCAGGCUCCGCCGCCUGGAGGAAGAUAACACUAAAAGAGAGAGACAGAUAGAAGAGCUGUUGGAUCCCACCAAAGGAUCUGAAUAUACUCGUAGCUUGGUGGACAAGAAGAAAGACGGCAGUGUGGUUCUCAAUGGGCUGAAACAGAGAAUCCUGAAGCUGGAGCAGCAGUGUAGAGAGAAAGAAAAUGCACUGAGUAAACUGCAAAGCGAGCUGAGGACCACCAACCUGGAGGAGCUGACGAUCACAGUGGAAACCUACUUUGACGAGAUCCAGAGGCUGAGGAUGCUUCUACACGCUGCCGAGAAAAGUAGCCGAGUGGAGAGCAAAUGCUCCCAGAGGCAGCAGAAAGCUUUAAGCUCCACGGUUCACCGUCUGUCUGAGAACCAGAAGCGGCUCCAGCAGGAGAACGCGGCGCUCCGAGAGGAGCUCGACACCGACGGUCCUGCAGGAGGAAUCAAAGGUUACAGAGAGUGGAGUAAACAGAGGCUGUUGAGGAGGCUGUUGGAAGUGGAGAAGAGGCUGGAGGACGGCAGAGGACACGCCCAGUCGGCAAAGCGCAACGGGCGUUUGGAUCGGGAGGUCCAGGCCACGCCCACAGAGAUUCUGGGGUUCACCAUGGCAACAGAGGCAGCGGUCUCCGUGGGAACAAACACCGAGGAAGGGGAGGAGCUCUCUGGUCUGAGAGGACGCCUCGGCCAAUUGGAGAAGGAGGGGGCGGAGCUUCAAGAGAGGCUGUCAAGUAAAGAUGAUGAACUGAGACAGUCCAAGACAGAGAGAGAAGAGACGGAGGCGGAGUCACAGCGAUGGAGAGCCGAGCUGACAAAUGAGCGGGACACAGAGAGGCAGCAGCAUCAACAGGAGUUGGUUCAGUUGUUGGCGAGGAUCCAAACCCUGGAAGACCGAAGUAAACCUGCACAAGCUGAGCUCCCCUCUCUCUCCGCCACAUCGCCAGAGGACCACGAGGACACUCGAGCCGGAGCAGGUCCGGAGGAGGGAGGCGAGGGGGACACUGGAAGUAGAGAGGAGGAGGGAGGAGGAGGAGAAGAAGAAGAGCUGAAGAAAGAAAGGGAGAAAUCAGCGUUGGUUAUCCAGACAAACUGGAGGGAGCACAGGAACAGGGACAUUGUGCAGUUGCAGUCAGCCUUGAGAGCUCAUCUCCUCCGAGAGUCACAGCUGAAGGAUCUGCUGAGAGAAACACGGAAUAAGGCCGUAGAGGCGACAAACCGCAGUGAUGCCGCAUCGUCCGCAGGAGGAGACUUUGACGCGGUUGCCUUGACGAUGGUACAGUCUGCGUUCAGGGGACACCUGGCUCGCUGUAGCCGCGCAAUAGAGAGCUCGGGGUUCUCCGUGCCUUCUCUAAUGGGAAACAACGUGCCCACGCUGGCAGCGCGAAGAGCUCGCUCGACACACACACCAAGCACAACAGACCAAACGGAGCUGCGUUGCACGGCCGAGUCGGGUGGAGCAGCCGGGGUGGAGUCUGACGACUCUGACGACAUCAUCGUAUCGCCGUCACGCCCUCUGAGAAGCAGAGAAGUCUUCAUCUUGUAGACCUUCUGGGUUUCUCUGUGUGUGUGUGUGUGUGUGUGUGUGUGUGUGUGAGGGAGAGAGAGAGAGAGAGACAGACAGACAGACAGACAGACAGACAGACGGAGAGAGAGAGAGAGUGUGUGUGUGUGUGUGUGUGUGUGCGUGCGUAGGAAGGUUUUAUGUCUGUGUUUUCUACUCUGAGCCUUUUUAUGUCCGAGACUUGCACAGUCGCACCGUACCAAAUCCUCACGGUUUGGGUUCUCGCUGGGAUAUUAGUCAGGAUAACAUUUAACAUGCACGACAUUUUCUCUCUAUAGUAAUAACCAGAGUAUUCUGAGAAGUUGAACGCAGGUUUAUGACACGCCGCUGAGAGGCUGGUGAACGCCUCCCUCUUUGAUUCUGGUCUUCUUCAGGACACUGUUCACGUGCAACACUUUGAUCCGGUGUUGACGCGAGGCAGAGAGGAUGUUCUCUUUUUAGUGCACGUGCAUAAACAUGAACGGGAUAUCCCAUUUGAUUUCCAGGAUCAUUUGUGCCAAAGUGCCUACAGCGUGGUUAUUUAAAAUUACUGUAAUAAAUGCAUUCAUUUCACUUUGAAUUUCUCUGUAGUUCACAGGCUUAGGAAAUAAUUAACAAAUCAUAUUUUGACUUUGUCUGCUUUGCGACACACAAACGGCGCUACGCUAAUCUAUCACGAGCACUUCAUGAAACGAGGGAUGAUUCUCUGAACUGAUGCACUAUUGAGUCAAACUGUGAAUAAAUUAUAGAUCAGUCUGCUGCAAUACUAAACACACGGUACAGUGGAGGAUACACGGGGAGUAUGCGUCAUGCCAAUAAUUUGUUGCGCUCUAUAAUACACAAAUGAUCAACGCAGACUACGGAUGAGUGCGGUUUCCCCCCACGUGAUGUGUGUAACUUAAUUUCUGAGACUUUCAAUAAAAUGCUGUUUUUAUAAUG